GCAGGUAGAAUUUCAAUAUAAUUUAUACAUUAUAUUGGUAAGAAAUGGUGGCUAGACUCAAAAUGACAUCCUUCAAUAUGUUUGUGACCACCUUUGUAUUAGCCGUUUCCAUAUGGAGCAGCUACCUUAGCAUGACUAACGAAGCCACCCUAGAUUAUGCGUACCAUUUCUGCUCAAAUAAAACCACUUUCAAUCCCAACAGCCCUUACAAAUCCAAUCUGGAUAUCGUUUUGUCUAACCUUUCAUCGAACGCCGACCGAGAAAGCGAUUUCAUCUACUUCAGCGCCAAUGCUGGUGGCGUCAACGGCACUAGUAACUAUGUCUAUGGCAUCUAUCUCUGCCGUGGCGAUGUUAACUCCACCAUCUGCCAUGAAUGUGUGUUAGCAUCAAUCGAAUUUGCACGCCAAAAUUGCCCAGUAGAGAAAGAGGUGAUCAUAUGGUACGAGAAAUGCAUGCUGCGCUACUCCAGCCAAUCUUUCGAGUCCACCAUGUCAGAGUUUCCCACUGUGACCAUGGUGAAUUUAAAGAAAGCAUCGAACGAGGACGAGUUCAGACUGAAAGUAGAGAAGACAAUGAAUAAGUUCGCAAGUGAGGCUGCAAAUGGUGCUAAGAAAUUCAUGGUACAAGAAGCCAAUAUAUCAGGAUUCGACAAGAUCUACAGCUUGGUGCAGUGCACUCAGGACUUGUCUAGCCAAGAUUGUACCAAAUGUCUCCAGAAUGCGAUUUCGAGUCUUCCAUUUUGCUGUGAUGGAAGACAAGGUGCAAGAGUUUUGUUUCCUAGUUGCAAUGUUAGGUACGAACUUGAUCAAUUUUAUAAUGUCUCUGCACCGCCCCAGACGACUCCCUACCUUCUUUCUCCUCCAUCACCUACGGAUCCGCUGAUCAAGACUAAAGGAAAAAGCAAAAUGUCACCUUUAACCACUGUUGGGAUUGUAGUAGCUGCAACUACAUUUUCUCUUGCCCUUCUAGUCACGGGCUGUCGUAUGCUUCGUCACAAGAGAGCAAGAGACAAUUACUGUGCUAUUCAACGGCAAAGUGCUAACAGUGAAAUUACGACCAUAGAGUCUCUGCAAUUUGACUUGAAAACCAUAGAAACAGCCACAAACAAGUUUUCUGAAGACUAUAAGGUUGGUGAAGGUGGAUUUGGUGAAGUCCUCAAGGGAACACUUCCUAACGGACAAGAAGUAGCUGUCAAAAGACUAUCAAAAAGUUCCCAUCAAGGUGCCGAAGAAUUUAAAAACGAGGUUGUAUUGGUAGCCAAGCUUCAACACAGAAACCUAGUUAGGCUUUUGGGAUUCUGCUUGGAAGGAGGAGAAAAAAUGCUUGUCUAUGAAUUUGUACCAAACAAAAGCCUUGAUUAUUUUUUGUUCGAUCCGGCAAAGCAAGGAGAAUUAGAUUGGCCAAAACGUCACAAUAUAAUAGGAGGAAUCGCUCGAGGAAUUUUGUAUCUUCAUGAGGAUUCUCGACUUAGAGUUAUACAUCGUGAUUUGAAAGCAAGCAACAUCUUGUUAGAUGCAGAUAUGAAUCCAAAAAUUUCAGAUUUUGGCAUGGCCAGGAUGUUUGGCAUUGAUCAAACUGAAGGAAACACUAGAAGAAUUGUUGGAACUUAUGGUUACAUGGCUCCAGAAUAUGCUAUGGAGGGAUUAUAUUCCAUAAAGUCUGAUGUCUUUAGCUUUGGUGUACUGUUGCUUGAGAUCCUAAGUGGGAGAAAGAACUUUGGUUUUCAUCUCACCAAUUUUGCACCUAGCUUGCUUGCAUAUGCAUGGAAUUUGUGGAAUGAAGGGAAAGGGUAUGAGUUAAUGGAUCCGUUGCUGAAAGAUUCGUGUGCAGCAAAUGAAUUUAUGAGAUACGUUCAUAUUGGAUUGCUAUGUGUUCAAGAAGGUGCAUAUAACAGGCCAACCAUGUCAUCUAUUGUUCAUAUGUUGAAAAGUGAAACUGUUAGCCUUUCUGAACCUGAACGACCUGCUUUCUCUGUUGGAAGAAUCACUCAUGAUCAUGAACACGAAUUAGCUCCUGAUAGUUUCUCUGAUAAUGGUUUGACAAUUUCUAGUUUUGUGCCUCGGUAAUCAUGGCCGACAAGUAUGGAUAAAAGAUUUUGAAUAUACAUACGUUGUUAUAUAUCUCAUCCUCAUGAACAAAAAAUAGA